AUGCUCAGUGCUUGGAAUCGCCGGGACCGGCCCCCUGAAGAGGGGGCAGCUGCGGGGCUCCAGGGCUUCACCGUGGACAAGACGUUCCUCUCGUCCCUCAAAGGCAUCCUGCUGGAAACUGAGCUGGCCCUGACCUUCAUCAUCUUCGUCUGUUUCACGGCCUCCAUCUCCGCCUACAUGGCUGCUGCGCUACUAGAGUUCUUCAUCACGCUAGCCUUCCUCUUCCUCUACGCCACCCAGUACUACCAGCGCUUCGAUCGGCUGAACUGGCCCUGUCUGGACUUCCUCCGCUGUGUCAGCGCCAGCAUCAUCUUCCUGGUGGUCUCCUUUGCGGCUGUGACCUCCCGGGACGGAGCUGCCAUUGCUGCUUUUGUUUUUGGCAUCAUCCUGGUUUCCGUCUUUGCCUACGAUGCCUUCAAGAUCUACCGGACUGAGAUGGCACCCAGGGCCACCCAGGGGGACCAGUAGUGAUACUGGGGCUACCUGGCUCCUGAGCCCAGCCAGAAAAGGGGGACAGCAGAGCCCAGACACGUCUCCUUUGGACUCACUAGCUCCCCAGCCUACUGUCCAUCACCCCAGCCUACAGCGAUGGAGCCAGGCCUGAGAAGUCACCGGGGAUUUGUCUGUGGGGCCUGGUGUUCUGAGAUCUGGCUUCUGAUGAAGCUCGGCCAGGGAGGGGGUGUUAUGGACGA